AUGUCGACGGCAAUUGCCUCCGCGCCGGCAGCCCAGCUAUCCCCGCCGCAUACCACCCGCGAUCCCAGCCCCAAGAAUUACCCAACUUUGGCCCCUCCGCCUGCAGUGAAUUCCUCUCCACCCCGUAUGGCAGAUUCACAAGAUGCCCAUUCCAAAAGGACUCCCGAGCACAAAGACCCGUCGUCUCCUUCUCAAGGAAGCGCGGGUCCCAAAAUCACCGUAAAAAAGGAGCCGCCCUCCUCACCCCGUAUUCAGACUCGUCCCCGUCCCCGCAAGCUGGAUCUUUCGACAAGUCUUCCUUCCUCCAGUGGAUUGACCGUCCGGCCGCCAGGAGGUCCCAUGACCGCUCGCGACGGUGUCACCAUGCAAGAUGUUGGGCUAGCCUGCUUGUCGCCCGGAUUCCAGACACAUGAUCCGAUAAUGAGAGAGCAACUGCAGCGCAGUCUCUCUGUACGCGACCAACAGCGAUCAAUAAUCGAGGCGCGACUACAGAAACCCGGCAAGGAUGACGGGCCGCCUUCACAAUCGGGAUUUAUGGGGAUGCCACCCCGGAGUAGCUCGAAGCGACGACCACCACCCGGCCUCUCCAUCGUUCCACCCUCCGCAUCGCAGUUUGCAAAUGAGCGAGUUAUCCAGUCGGCCCCAUUGCAUCAGACCUUUACCGGCCGCUAUCAGCCUCAGCCUUUGACUCGUCAUGUCGUCAACCAGAGCCCAACUCUGGGCGCUACAUCUCAUAUGCAUCAAGUUCCGGCCACCCAAACCAACAACCGUCUUCCACCCCUCUCUGAUGUGUUUGGAUCCGAUGCGCUCGGUCGGGAUCGUGAGCCGAGCCGCCAGGGCCUUUAUGUGAAUGCGUCGAGCAGCAACUCCUCGCAAUCCAACUUGGCUCCCAUGCCUUCUCCGGGUCUGCCUGCCAUGUCCCAGACUCCCAGUCGGCCGCGGGAGUACCGUUCGGCUGAAGAAGCUGUACAAGAACUGUCGGGAGGACGAGAAGAAUUGCUUCCCCGGAUUGUACAUUAUGGAGGGCACCAACCGCCCACCCCACCCUCCCCGCAGACCAUGCAUACUGCUCCUAAGACUGCUCCUUUGACCUGGGAAGAACCUGCGCCAAGUGCGCCCCUUGCUCCGAUGCAGAUCGCGGAUACAACUGCGCGCCGUCGCCCUCGCAGUGAAUACGAGAAUGAUAACGGAAGCCCCCCGCUGGGACAUGGUCCUGACUCUCAUUAUCGGCCCAACCCGGCUGCCAACCCUGGUCCCAGUGCCACCUUCUCUGGUCCCUUCGGUGCAGGCCGAGACUCGCCAGAAACCCAACGGAGAAAGAAAGAAGAGUUCCUCGGCCUCUGUGCUCGGGCUUGGGAUCUGUUCCAUUCGUGA